GCUGCUCCUCUUCCACCAGCUCUCAAGAUCACCACACCUUCGUCCACCAGCUAGUAGAGGAGCCGCCACAAGGGCGCUCGCUUCCUUCGCGGCCCGGCCUUUGGGUGGUAGAGCGAGGGCGAGGCCGUCGCCGGCUCGCGCCAUGGCGUCGCAGCAGCUGUUCCCGCCGCAGCAGCAGGGGUCCCAGCCCGGGAAGGAGCACGCCAUGGACCCCCGCCCGGAGGCCAUCAUCCAGAACUACAAGUCGGCGGAGAAGCUCAAGGGCAAGGUGGCGCUGGUGACCGGCGGCGACUCCGGCAUCGGGCGCGCGGUGUGCCUGUGCUUCGCGCUGGAGGGCGCGACGGUGGCCUUCACCUACAUCAAGGGCCAGGAGGAUCGGGACGCCGAGGAGACCCUGCAGGCGCUGCGCGACAUCCGGUCCCGCACGGGCGCCCGCGAACCCAUGGCGGUGCCCGCCGACCUGGGCUACGAGGAGAACUGCCGGCGCGUGGUCGAGGAGGUCGCCGGCGCCUACGGCGGCCGCAUCGACGUGCUGGUGAACAACGCCGCGGAGCAGUACGAGCGGCCGUCCAUCACGGAUGUCACGGAGGCGGACCUGGACCGCGUCUUCCGCACCAACAUCUUCUCCUACUUCCUGGUGACCAAGCACGCGGUGCGGCACAUGGCGGAGGGCGCCAGCAUCAUCAACACGUCGUCGGUGAACGCGUACAAGGGGAACAAGACGCUGCUGGACUACACGGCCACCAAGGGGGCCAUCGUGGCCUUCACCCGCGCGCUGGCGCUGCAGCUGGCGGAGAAGGGCAUCCGCGUCAACGGCGUCGCGCCGGGGCCCGUGUGGACGCCGCUCAUCCCGGCGUCGUUCGGGAAGGAGAAGGUGCAGCAGUUCGGGUCCGAGGUGCCCAUGAAGCGCGCCGGCCAGCCCGCCGAGGUGGCGCCCAGCUACGUCUUCCUCGCCAGCGAGCAGGACUCGUCCUACAUGUCCGGACAGUUCCUCCACGACAACGGAGGCGUCAUCGUCAACGGCUAGAGAGGAGCCGGGGAGCUCGAGGGUCGCCGCCGGCGGGGUCGCCGUCGUGUCCCCAUGGGAGUCCUUUUGCUGUGUGUGCCGUGUCGAAGGGAGGCAGUGACGCGUGUGUAGUCACGUGUAUCCGGUAGUAUCGGUGUACGUGCAGACGCUAGUUGUAGCGGUGUCGUCCAGGUCCAGCGCGGUGAUCUGAGCGCACAGCACGUGUAAAAAGGGAAGGAAUGUGUCUGAAUAAAUAUAUGCGUGCGUGAAGCCUCCGUGGCAAUCUUCGUAAUCGGAU